AUGAACUUCAUCUUCAAAUCGAAACCACGCACACCCCAGGAACUCGUCCGUCAUCUCCGAGACACAAUCCUUCGUCUCGACUCCACCUCCUCUCCCCUUGGCGGAUCUACAUCUUCUAACUCGCUUCAUUCGAACUACACCUCUAACGGAUCCUCCACUUCGGCUGGUUCUUCUUCUAUCACCUCGUCUUCCUCUUCUAGCUCGGAAGCGAGAAAGAAAGCGGUAGAUGAAAUCUCGAAAACCCUUUGCCAGGUGAAAACGAUUUUGUUCGGAGAUGGAGAUUCGGACCCGCAACCAGAGCUGGUUGCGCAACUGGCACAGGAGGUCUAUUCGCACCAUGUGCUGCAGUUGUUAGUCGCACAUAUUGCAAAGUUCGAAUUCGAAGCGAAGAAGGAUGUUUCUCAGAUCUUUAACGUUUUACUCCGUCGACAGAUCGGGUCUCGCUCGCCGACAGUGGAAUACCUUGCCACACGACCAGAAGUGAUCUUCCUCGCUCUCAAAGGGUAUGAAAACCCCGAAGUAGCACUGAACACAGGAAUGAUCCUUCGCGAAAUGCUACGUCACGAACAACUAGCCAAAAUCCUCCUCUACUCCGAAAAGUUCUAUACGUUCCCAGACUACAUCGAAACGACCACCUUUGGCAUCUCUUGUGACGCCUUUUCCAAUUUCAAAGAGACGCUAACCCGACACAAACCCAUGGUAGCAGCUUAUCUCGAAUCCAACUACGACCGAUUCUUCGCAACAUACACCACCUUACUCCAAUCACCUAACUACGUUACCAAACGACAAUCCCUCAAACUUCUCGGCGAGAUCCUGCUGGAUAGGACAAACUUUACCGUCAUGACCCGCUACAUUUCCAGCGAGGAGAAUCUUAAAAUGAUGAUGAACCUCCUUAGGGACAGAAGCAAGAACAUCCAAUUCGAAGCCUUUCAUGUGUUUAAGGUGUUCGUUGCUAAUCCCAAGAAGCCGCCGGGCAUAGAGAGUAUUUUGAGGAGGAAUAGGGAAAGGCUGGUUAAAUUCUUGGCCGAUUUUCAUAAUGAUAAGGAUGAUGAACAGUUUGUUGAUGAGAAAUCGUAUGUUGUGAGUAUUAUUGAGGCUACGGGCAAGACAGCGCCACAGGGUGGUGCCGGUGCCGGAGGACAGGCUAUUGGUGCAAAGUAA